AUUCGAAAAAAGAAACCGACCCGGGCUUCCAUACUCCGUUAAUCUAUCUCCUCUUGCGUCAAAGAACCGCUUUUUCCAGCCCUCUGAGCCUGGGUCAAUGAAACGGUAGACACGAUGGGACAUGGCAACGUGGAAUCACGGACCAUGACCCCGUAUUCGAUCAGACCUAGUGUAGGACUUCUCAACCCCAUAGCCAAACAAUGCGAACCGUCGGCACAGAAGUCAGCCACAGAGUUACCCUGUUCUGCUGAAAAGUUGCUUGCGGCUCGGAAAGGUAAGCUAAGUUGUAAAUGCGACAUUUCUUUACAUGAAGGCUGGACCUCAUAAAUCGGAGUGUUUUUGGAAGCAUCUUUCCAUCAACUCUCGAGGUUGGGAAGUUGAUGAUGAACAACAUGAACCAAAAAUAACUCCAAGCCCAGGAACGCGGUACUAUAGGGAAGGGGUUCUCCUCAUAAUGAAAAUAUCAACUUAAAUUGUUCAUGGGAACACAAACUUCCUUCCAUCUCAUCAUUCUCAUAUCCCAUGCCAGGCCGAACCUCUCCCCGGUCAUUCCAAAGGGUCAAAAGUCUAGAAGUCCAAAGCAAGCCCUACAUACCGAAGUAAAUAAACGUACCACCCGGCACUUCUAGCCCGCAUCGUACGGGAUAGCGCGUCCAACGUCAAAAGGUCCGGCUGGCUUGGAGAGCGGGGUGUGUUUAGCCUUCCGUCUCCAUAUUCCUGACCUCUGCGGGAUGAUGUAUGUUGUGAGGGGACGGGGAGAGGGGAAAAGAUGAUCGGCGUGAUCUCGAUCCUUCCAAAACCAACGCAAGUCCGCAGAAUGCCAACACGAAUGCUGUCCUUGAGUGGUUAUCUGUUAUCUUCUAAAACCCACAUAGAAACAUAUCGAGUCUCUUUAAGAUGAUGACCAGUCUCGACGAAAAGCCUCACUACACACCUCUGCUCUCACAACUACCAUCCAACCACCAAAGAGAUCACGAUGAAGAGUCUCUCACCCCGCCUCCGCCUCCAUACGUCGAUGAGUCUCUCAUCUGGAAAAGACGCUUCUACACUCUCCUCGUCUCAAGUGUGACCGUAAUUCUCUCCUUAACCGCCGCCUUCACAUACCAUUACACCUCCUAUCCAAAGAGCUACUCAUCAACAUGUCCAAUACUACCAACCACAGGCGACAACCCCGAGGUCAAAAUCCCCUUUUCACCUGCCCCAGUAACCUACACAAACAAAUUCAUGAACACCGACCCCGACACCUCCAAAUUCCUCGGCCAACCCCGCCCCGAACUCGACAAAGCCUGGCAUGACCUCCUAGACGGAACCCUCAUCUACUUCAGCGAGGAUGAGCUCAAAAAGGCCGGCAACGCAGUCUCCAUCAGUCGAGAGGGAGGCGGGUACGUAGGCGGUCUGGGAGUGAGCCACUCGCUACAUUGCCUGAAAAGAAUAAAACAAUACCUCCACCCAACCUACUACUACCCAGACAUCUCCACCACCCCCGGAAACGAAACCUGGUCCGACCUCACCUCCCACGUCGACCACUGCCUCGAGUCCCUCCGCCAGCUCGUCCUCUGCACCGCCGACACAAACGUCUACACCCUCCACUGGACCGAUCACUCCACCCUCAAGCCCAGCGUCAAGGUCCCCCAGCCCAACGUCUGCGUCGACUGGAAGCCGCUGCACAGGUGGAUGAAGGGCCGGGGCGUCGGGUUUGGGGAGAUGGUUCACCCUGCUUCUCAUCAUUUGGGUCAGAAGAAGCCAUCCUGGUCGGUGGCUUCUGAACCAACAGCAACUCCUGAAGAGGAGAAAAGUGGGAAAGAAGCCGAGGUGGUGACAGGGUCCGAGUAUGAUUCUUGAGAAUCUGAUAGUGGUAAAAAAGGGCCUUUUUUUUUCGGUUGGAUGUUACCUGCUUUUACAUGUCCGCUGUUUGGGGGGCGUUUGGAUUUUGCUUGAUUUUUGGUCUCGGAUAUCUAUCCAUUGAAGAUGCCCAAUGUUUGACUCAUGAACAAAAACCCCUGUCAUCAAUGUGCUUGAUUCGGCCUAUUUAUGGUUAUAUUAUUUAUCCCCAUACCGUGGUGGGUCAAGUUAAACCACCGCAAACCAAACUCUUU